CCGACGAAGAAGAAGCUGUCAACCCGGUCCGACCGUUCUCAGCCAAUGUAUGGGACUGAGAGGAAACAUUGUUGACACUUUUCUUUCUAAAUUGCGUUUUGUUUUAAGUCGCAUUUCCGUUUUUAAAACACCAUGGAGUUUGAGCUGUGACUGUUUCCGUAACUUCCGUGAACGCAGCGAGUUAAGAAACACACCGAGAACUAGCUUCCACUCUUCGGCUCGCUGCGCGGUUACUUCCCGGUGUUUGGCUCUGUGCGCGGUGGUCUGACCGGGAGAGACAGGCAGAGAUGUCCGGCAGCGGGGGAUUGGCUGACGGCCUUCUAUCCUACGAGACGCUGGUUCACGCUGUGGCAGGUGCAAUGGGGAGUGUGACGGCGAUGACGGUCUUCUUUCCUCUGGACACAGCCAAAAGCAGACUGCAGGUGGAUGAGAAGAGAAAGUCUAGCUCCACCCACGUCAUCCUGGCUGAGAUAGCAAAAGAAGAAGGCCUUCAGUCCCUGUACAGAGGCUGGUUACCGGUCAUCUCCAGCCUCUGCUGCUCCAACUUUGUUUACUUCUACACCUUCAACACCCUGAAGAAGCUGGCGGCGUCGAAUGCAGGGAAGUCCAGACCCGGCAAAGACUUGCUCAUGGGGGUCGUAUCAGGGAUGGUGAAUGUGAUCCUGACCACUCCCAUGUGGGUGGUCAACACUCGACUGAAGCUGCAGGGAGCAAAGUUCAGGGACGAAGACAUCCAGCAAACCCAGUAUAGGGGCAUCUUUGAUGCUUUCUCCCAGAUCAUAGCCAAUGAGGGUGUGGCAAUGCUGUGGAACGGCACUUUGCCCUCUCUUAUCCUCGUCCUCAACCCGGCCGUGCAGUUCAUGUUUUAUGAGGCCAUGAAGAGGAAGGCUGGCGAGGGAGGGAAGAAGAUUUCCUCAGCAGAGAUCUUUCUCAUCGGAGCCGUUGCCAAGGCCGUUGCUACCACGGCAACAUAUCCUCUUCAGACAGUUCAGGCCAUCCUGAGGUUCGGCCAGUACAAAGGUGAUGGUAGGGGCGGCCUGAUUGGAGGCCUCUCAAACAUCUUCUCCCUGCUCAUGGACCGAAUCAAGAGGUACGGUGUUCUUGGUUUGUACAAAGGCCUGGAGGCCAAGCUGCUGCAGACGGUACUGACGGCCGCCCUCAUGUUCGUGGUCUACGAGAAGAUCACUGCUGCUACCUUCAAAGUCAUGCGCCUGAACCAGAAACUGAAGCGGUGAACAAACGCCUACUUGAAUGCAGCAGUGCGUUGGUACAUGUUUGUUUUUUUAACAAUGCCUACCGAUCAUAUGUUGAAGCCAGGAAUUGAUUCAUUCAUGUAAACGUUGCAACAAGAGGUGGGAUUGGUGCCCAAAACAAAGACCAUGAGCAGAGCCGGGGGCGAUACUUCUAAUACCCUCUUUUUUUAACCUCUAACUAGUUUCAUGUGUGCAAACUGUUCUUGAUUUGAUCUCUGUUGAAAUGGUGACCUUACCAGCUGAGAUUUUUUAUUUUCUCAGUAUUUUCUCACAAUACUACUUAAAGGGAAAGUGGAAAUCAUUUGGGGAAAUCACUAAACCCCUAUUUGCUUUCUUCCAGAGAGAUUGAGAGAAGAUGGACCAAACAUUAAAUAGGACUCCUGGGAAUUUCUGAUCCUGAACAAGUAAUAGUUUGCCCCGUAAAAUGGGGUUUUGAAGGUUUUAAACUACAACCGGUGAAUAAGUGAUCUUUAGGGGUGCUGGUUGGUUUUGUUAACCAGCUAGCUCAGCUGUCUUUGUGCUACGCUAAGUUAUAUAACUGCUGCAGCUUAACUUCAACCGCUUCAAACUCGAGAGUGGUAGCAAUCUUUUCAUCGACAUCUCAAAUUUAUUGAAAUAAAAGCUUAUUUCCCCAAAUGAAAAAAUGUUCCUUAAACUUUAGGGACUUGCUACAAAUGAUGAUAGCAAUAAGAUAAGCUCCCACUUCCAGUAGGUGUUGCCUUCAUUCCUCACACUUGUCUUGUGUUUUAACUGUGAAUUUAACUGAGUUUAUAGAAUCUUCAUGGAAUUCCUGCUAGAUGGCUGUUUGUUUUUCUUCUUCUUUGCUUCUUUGUUAUGAUGUCAUUAUUGCACACAGAUCAGCAGUAUCCACAAUAUGCUUAAAAGGGAGAGAAGCUCCCAUAUGUAUAAACUCCAUGUGUAAAAUCUGCUCUGAAAGGUCUGAAUUUAAACAAUUAUAAUAUAUUAAGUAAACAUGAAUGAGUACCUAACAAUACAGUGUGAAACUUACAUGUUUACAAAUACUACAGUAGGGGCGAAGCGCCUCUAAAUAUAUCUUAAACUGUGAUGACUGUUGACGAUUUACACAAAUCCAUGAUGGACUCAACUGCUUACAGUCGACCCGAUUGUAUUGAUCUGUAUGAACUUUUAGUCUUAUCUGUGUCCUUUAUGCAGUGUUGGGUAUUCAAUAUUUCAGUAAAUGAAAGUAUGUUUUGCCA